GAAGGAGAUGGGGAAAACUGGCAAGGCUCCCUGCCACCCCCAUUUUCCAGAUGACGCGACUGAGGCCCAACCAGCUUUGUGGGAGGCGGAGUCUCCCCAGGGUCCCUUAAGCUGUCCUAGGGGAGGGGGCUCUGGGAGCCACAAGGCCCCUCCCUGCCUCUCUUCAUCUCCUGGCAAGCUCCAAGGGGCGGGGAGAGAAAGCCAGAGGAGGAGGAGAGCUCAGGCAGCUCUGCAGAGGGGGGCAGGAGCUGCAGUGUUUGGUACCCCCAGCCCCACCGCUGUUGCUGCUGCUGCAGCGGGGACACAGGUGAGGACGGUCCUUCGGGGAGGUGGAGGGGCCCACCAACAGUGCUGUCCUAGUCCCUGCCGGGUCCAGCCUCCAUGCUCUAGCCCAUCCUGGGACAGUCCCCAGGGGUCCUGCUGGACUUUGUCUUCCAGGAACGCAGCCCCCUCCCCCUGCCUGUGCUGCUUUCUCUCCGGGGCCUGGCCGUGGCUGCUUCUCUAUCUCCUGCUGCCGCUGCUGCUACUGCCGCUGCCCAGCAAACGCCACCAGCCCCUUGGGGUGUGGUUUCCCCAGACCAGCCCCCAACAGGGGGACAGAGCCUUAUCCCAGCCUCCCUGUCAGCUUCCUGCAGGACCCAGUGACCCCCCUUCCUGAAGACACACCCAACUCCCUUUCAACACCCCACCACCCCGUCCAACCCAUUUUGGAGGAGACCUCCUCAUAGUCUUCUGUCCUCUGGGUGCUCUGGGGCUGUACCCAACUUCCUUCCAAUUGAGCCCCAGUCCUGACAGAUUCCCCCAGGCCCCUUUAUUCCUCCUGGAAGUCUUGAGAAGAUCGAUUAGCUUUUCUUAGCCACCCAGACACCUCUCAGCCUCUGGAAAAUAAAAUAACCUGGCCCCAUAUCUACCCCCUUUAGGUACCCCCAUUCCCUUCUCCAGCCCCUCUAUGGGGCCCCACUUCUCCUUCCUUCCCCAAAACCCCAGUAGAGUGUAGACACCCCCCAUACACACAUACCACGCUAUUGUUGGCAGCUCAAGGCAUUCCCAAGACACCUCUCAGCCUCUUUAUAAUCUCCGGGCUCUAUAGCCACCUGUAAAAUGCACCAACCCUUUUCCUAGAUCCACGAGGGGGCUUCAAACCCCUUAUCUUUUCCUCAGAAAUUUUGAGGGUGUUGACACCUUUCUCAGCCCCUCUGGAAAUCCCUCCAGGUACUCUCAGCCUCUUUAGACACCUCUGGUUCCAUUUCUACCUCUCUUGAUGUCCCAGUUCCCCCUCCAGCCCUGCCAAGGAGUUCCAGUCCCUUCUUUUUUCCCUCAGAACUGGAGAGUGUGGACAACUCCCCAGUAUUUCCUGGCACUCCCCCAGACACCCCAGACAUCUCUCAGGCACAUAUCAACCUCUCUAGAAUCAUCUCAGUCUGUGUAAACACUUCCUCAGAUAUUCUUGGCCCCUCAGGCGCCUCUUUUCUGCUCCUCUCAUGCCCCCUUAGCCCUUCUCAGUGCCUCAAGACAAUCCCGAUUCCUCUCAGACACUCUAAAUGUCUGUCAAGCCCCUGCCCCUCUGUGUAGUUCCUCCUCCUGGUUCCUCUUGGCCUCUCUAGACACCCCCAGUUUCCUUGUGCGAGUGGCUCACGGCGUCCCCAAGUUCCCCACCAUACUAGAGACAGCCAUAUUCUCCUAAAGGCCACACCCCAAGUUUCCGUGGGCCUGGGGCACAGCAGGAUGGCGGCAGGCGUGGCCACGUGGCUACCCUUUGCACGGGCAGCUGCGGUGGGCUGGCUGCCCCUGGCACAGCAGCCCCUGCCCCCUGCACCAGGGGUGAAGGCAUCUCGAGGGGAUGAGGUUCUGGUGGUGAACGUGAGCGGCCGGCGUUUUGAGACCUGGAAGAACACUCUGGACCGCUACCCAGACACCCUGCUGGGCAGUUCGGAGAAGGAAUUCUUCUACGACGCUGACUCAGGCGAGUACUUCUUCGAUCGUGACCCAGACAUGUUCCGGCACGUGCUGAACUUCUACCGCACCGGCCGACUGCACUGCCCGCGGCAGGAGUGCAUUCAGGCCUUCGACGAAGAGCUGGCCUUCUAUGGCCUGGUGCCGGAGCUCGUCGGCGACUGCUGCCUCGAAGAGUACCGGGACCGCAAGAAGGAGAAUGCCGAGCGCCUGGUGGAGGAUGAGGAGGCCGAGCAGGCCGGGGAUGGCCCAGUCUUGCCAGCAGGCAGCUCCCUGCGGCAGCGACUCUGGCGUGCCUUCGAGAAUCCACACACGAGCACUGCGGCCCUCGUUUUCUACUAUGUGACAGGCUUUUUCAUUGCUGUGUCGGUCAUUGCCAACGUGGUUGAGACCAUCCCUUGCCGCGGCUCUGCGCGGCGGCCCCUGAGGGAGCAGCCCUGUGGUGACCGUUUCCCACUGGCCUUUUUCUGUAUGGACACUGCCUGUGUACUCAUAUUCACUGGUGAAUACCUCCUGCGGCUGUUUGCCGCUCCCAGCCGCUGCCGCUUCCUGCGAAGCGUUAUGAGCCUCAUUGACGUGGUGGCCAUCUUGCCCUACUACAUCGGGCUUUUUGUGCCCAAGAAUGAGGAUGUCUCAGGUGCCUUUGUCACCCUGCGUGUAUUUCGGGUGUUCCGCAUCUUCAAGUUCUCCAGGCACUCACAGGGCUUGCGAAUUCUGGGCUACACACUCAAAAGCUGUGCCUCUGAGCUGGGCUUUCUCCUCUUUUCCCUUACCAUGGCCAUCAUCAUCUUCGCCACUGUCAUGUUUUAUGCUGAGAAGGGCACAAACAAGACCAACUUUACUAGCAUCCCUGCGGCCUUCUGGUAUACCAUUGUCACCAUGACCACACUUGGCUAUGGAGACAUGGUGCCCAGCACCAUUGCUGGCAAGAUUUUUGGGUCCAUCUGUUCACUCAGUGGCGUCUUGGUCAUUGCCCUGCCCGUGCCAGUCAUUGUGUCCAACUUUAGCCGCAUCUACCACCAGAAUCAGCGUGCUGACAAGCGCCGAGCACAGCAGAAGGUGCGCUUGGCUAGGAUUCGGUUGGCAAAGAGUGGUACCACCAAUGCGUUCCUGCAGUACAAGCAUAAUGGGGGCCUUGAGGACAGUGUCAGUGGGGAGGAACAGGCGCUAUGUGUUAGGAACCAUUCUGCUUUUGAGCAGCAACAUCAUCACCUCCUGCAUUGUCUAGAGAAGACAACGUGCCAUGAGUUCAUAGAUGAGCUAACUUUCAGCGAGGCCCUGGGUCCUGUGUCACUGGGUGGCCUCACCAGCCGCAGCACCUCCGUGUCCUCCCAGCCAGUGGGGCCUGGCAGGCUGCUAUCUUCCUGCUGCCCCCGCAGGGCCAAGCGCCGUGCCAUCCGCCUUGCCAACUCUACUGCCUCAGUCAGCCGUGGCAGCAUGCAGGAGCUAGACACACUUGCAGGGCUGCGGAGGAGCCCUCCCCCUCAGAGCCGCUCAAGCCUCAAUGCCAAGCCCCAUGACAGCCUUGACCUGAACUGCGACAGCCAGGACUUCGUGGCUGCCAUCAUCAGUAUUCCUACCCCUCCUGCCAACAGCCCAGAUGAGAGCCAACCUUCCUGCCCUGGUGGCGGUGGCAGGACCAGCCCCACCCUCAGGAACUCCAGCCUGGGUACCUCUUGCCUCCUCCCUGAUACUGUCAAGAUUUCUUCCCUGUGAGGGUUGGGCCUGCCCAACCAGAGAGCCCUCUGGAUCCUUGGGGACUCCUUUCCAAAGCCAUACUUUGGGGAGGCAGAGAGGGGCAGGCCUGGGGCCCCCUUCAUCCCCUCACUGAGAACUAUGCAAUGGAGUUUCAUGGAAUGGCCCACAUGAUGGGGAAGCAGCCAGGGAAGGGGGAACUUCACCCCACCCCAGACAGUUUUCCUGAUGGGAGCUGAAGCACUUCCUCAGGCUCUUGGCCUCCUUGCUCCAGCACAUUAGUAGUGGCUCCUCUCCCCCAGCUGGCCUCCUGCAUGCUCCUUUCUUUGGGCCCUUGGGCUCCCACCUGACAUCUGAGCUGUGGUCCAAGGAGAGAUGAGACUUCCUCUUCUCUCUGGCUGGUCUAUAUUGGUUUGGGGGUUCAGAAAACCCUCACCUCUGAUCUGGCCUCUAGGAAAAGUCCCCAUACUCCACCAGGUCCAGUAACUCCCAGAUUCUGAAGGUUGGAAUGCAACCACAGGCUUCAUGGGCUACUGCCUCAGCAGUGACCUGCCCUGCCUAGGCCUUGGCUUGGGGGUCAGGCUGCCUCUCCCACUACAAACAGAUAGCACAAACACCACCCUCCUUCCCUGGCUGCUGGAAAUGGGUCCCUGCAACCCCAACCUCUGCUGGACCCCCAGCAAACUCUAGCAAUAGCAGCUGCUGCCGUGACAUUAUGCAAAGCCUCUGCCCAGUUUGCUGCAGCAUUUACAUCUGCCCUAAUCAGAGGGGCCACCUCUAACUACUCUUCCUUCUCUCUUCUCCUCUGGUUUGCUUCCUUCCUGGGUUGGUCUGGAGUCUGCACUGGCUGAGAUAAGAGCCUGGUAGACAGCAAGAGCUGGGCUGUGUUUGGAGAUCAUGGGCUGAUUCCAUGUUCUUGGGCAGGAGUCCAGAAGAAGUUCUUGGGCUGAGGCCUGGGUUGUUCCUGAACUCUAGGAGUUGUAGGAAGCAGGAGGAAUUUCGUGAUCUCCUCCUCCCCCACAAUGCCUUUUCACAUGUUCCUUCCUCCCUCUUCUCCCCCUUGGGUCAUCUUCCGGAACUCUGUGUCUGCUCUCAGGCUGAAAUCUGGCAUCAUCUCAGGUUCCCUGUCCCCAGCACUGUCCCCAUGGAGCUGGUGCCUGACAAAGAUGUAGUUUCCAUCAGUCAAUAAAACCUGAGAGGAGAGA